AUGCGGUCACCGGGACAGGCAGAGAGCUCUGCUCAGGCCUUAGAGAGAUUCAUCGCUUCACAAUUAGCCUCACUCAGUCUGGCUGUGCCCGAGGAUGAUGUCGAAUACAUGGCACGAUUUGUCGAAGAAGAAGGCUUGGACAGAGACGCAAAGCUCGAAGGGCUUCGUGGCAUGUUGGAAAGCUUCGUAUCAGACGUACCCCCACAGGAUCAGAAGGUGGACGGACAUUUAGCCACCAUGAUUGACGAAUGGACCAGGCUUCGCUCUGCCGCGGCUGUCAAUCAAGAAUCACCCCGCAUACCAUCACCACCUCCUGAUGACCCCCCUGUCGACCUCGCAGCCGCUCAAAGAGCCGCCUUACUUCGACAAUACGCCUACCUCGAAGGAGACUCGGAUGUCGAAGGCGACGAUCGCGACCCCACCGCCCCAGCACGGACGGGUAAAGCAACAGCCGAAGCGAAGAAAGCCGCAGAUGAGAAAAGGAGAUUGAUCGAAGAGGCUCUCAAGCUCGAUGGCAAGAAGAAGAAGUACAGGAAGCAGCAGGAAGUUGACCUCCUCGCCCCUAAUCUCAACAGGGAAAAAGUCGCGUACAGGGCUCAGUUGGAAAGAGAAGCUCAAAAGAGAGAUGGGCAAGCCAGGAAGGAGCGUGAUAAGGCAGCCUUGGAGAAGCAGAGAUCAGACGCAGCCAGAGCCAAAGCCGAACGGCAGAAGAAGGCCGCCAAGCGAGAACGACGUGCUUGA